ACGUGGUGUUGUUUAGCAGCAAGUAAAGAAAAGGCACAUCCCAACUGAACUCGACGCAUGCGCAGUAGAGCCGGUGUUGAGAGGUGAAAACAGUGAAAGAUGGUUACGGUGGGUCGUGUGUGAAGCAAAAAACUUCUGGACUGUCUGGGAAAUAACAUCCCAUGUAAUACCCAGUUUGUAAAUACCCUGAUGGCCGAACCAAAGCGGAUACAAUUAGAAGCACCUAAGUCACUACACCGAGAGAAAAAAGUGAAAGAAGUGCCUCCAACCUACCGUUUUGAGUUAAAGCUUUCCGACAAGAACACCGAAUCUGCGGAGUUUUCAUAUGCGGAGCUGGUGAAGGAAGCUCGGGCUUCUGAGCGUGAUUCCAAACAACCUGGAAGUGAUGAUCCAUUUUCACUUGAUGAUGAUGCAGAGAAAUUACAGGCUCUUGCACGGAAAUUUGAGGAGAAAUAUAAUCCCAAACCUGGAGGGAGGAAGAAAAAGAAGAAAAUUGCGAUAUCGGAAGAUUACAUAGAUAAAGGCAUGGGCUAUGACGAGACUGAUCCAUUCAUUGAUAAUGAAGAAGCUUAUGAUGAAUUGGUACCAUCUACUCUUACUACUCAGUUUGGAGGGUUUUACAUAAAUAAAGGAGAUUUGGAGUUUCGAACUUUAUCAGAUCCAGAAAGUGGAAAUGAAGCUAAACCUAGGAAAAAGCGAAUUAAACAAACAACAGAAAAAGAAAAGAAAAGAAGACGUGUUGGAUGUGAAGAAAAUCAAAAACGCAGAGGAAGAAGACCUUUACAUGAAUCUGUGAGUGCCUUAACAAAACCAAAGAAGAAGACUCAGCCUACUGUUGCAGAUAUGCUGCAACAGCACAAAGCUAAUCUCCAACGCAUGCAUCAAGAAAAUUUACAGCAGUUGCAACUAAAUCCCAUUGCAGUUGAAAGAGAAUUAGAGUCAGAAGAAGAUGAUAAUGCUCAACAGUUAAUGCCAGGCCAAGCUUCAACUAUAAAUGAAGCUAUUGAAUCUGUUGUUAAAGCUGCUGCUGAAGAUGCCAGUAAUGGAUCUGCUGGGCCUGUUACAGGAAGUAGUGAUGGUGAAGAAGUCAAGCCACCAAUAGAAUGCAUUGAAGCUCCAAAAUUACCAGACAACUUGCCUCCAGAUUUGGAUGAUGUAGUUGCCAAGUUGAAAGAGGCAGCAUAUAAGUCCGAGGAAGGGAAAUGCAAGUUUUUCAGUGAUGAAGUGAACAGAAUGCUUUUGAGUGUGGAGUUAAAAGCUCAGGAGUUAACCAGUGCCCAGAGAUCUACCAUAUAUUCACAUUUAGCAUCUCAUCUUCCUUGUACAAAAGAAACCCUUCAGAAAAGGGCCAAAAAGCUUAGAUUAGAUCAAGAAGAUGGAAAAUUGAGAGAACCUAUGCAAAAACUUAGAGAUGGCAUAGCUGAAGUAAUGCCUGAAAUGCUGGAAAAAUAUGCUGCCUCUCUACAAGCUUGUGAUGCAAGGGAUGAAGAAAAAAAAGGUGAAAAUGCCAGUGAUGGAGAAGAAAGCCAAGGAGAAGGGGAAAAGAAAUCAUCUCGCUUACCUAAGAAAUGUUUUGAAUGGAAUGACACUAUUAGGAAUUAUUUAUGUGAUGUUGUUCGUAUUAAAUUAAAAUGUUAUGAAGUGUCAAAGACUAGAAUUCAGUCUGCUGAAGAAUAUUUAAAACAUUUCUUGGAGGCAGAAGUUAAAAAUUUGUGGCCUCCAGGUUGGAUGCAAUCAAGGAUACUAUUUCGGGAAAGUCGAGCUGCUCACUUUUACAUAACGAAUCGGCCCAAGAAGCAAAUUCUUGUGCCCAAGAAAGUUGCCAAUCCAUUAUCUUCAGUCAUGCUUACAAUGAAGCCUGCAGUAUCUCUUCUUAAUAAUGCUGUUGUAUCUCAGGAAUCUGAAUUUGAUCAAAUUUUCCAAGAGAAAAGUGUGCCUUUGAUACCACAAGUGGAAAAUGCAUUAGAGAGGAGGGAGAAUGCAGAUCUUUUGAAUUCAAAUAAUGGCAUAACUGCUGAAGAAAGAGCAGCAGAAUUUGCUAAACUCUUCACACUUCCAAUCAAAUCUCCUGUGCCAGAUGACUUUUCACCAUCAAAAAACCAAGAAAAUAUUGCAGCUAGUGCUAAAGUAUCAAGCGAUAGUACUCCACCAAAGAUAUCAUCACCUGUUGUUAAUGCAAUAUCUGAUUCAGUGGUGCCAUCAAAAACUGUUCCUUCAAAAAAUGAUAAACACUCCAGGGCUGUGCAGCAAAACAAGCAGUCUUCUUAUACUUCCAAAAUAUCUGAUUUCAAUAAUUUUGCGGAAGGAUCACUUGCUUCAGAUAUGCUAGCUCGUAUCAUAUGUGCUAGCCUGGCUGAUUUUCCAUAUGCAGGUUCAUCUAAUGUUGAAAAUACAUCAUCACUUAAAACUACCAGUGUGAUUUCUCCUAAUCCUGGUUUAGCAAAGGAGUCUCGCACAUUAAAUUCAAAAUUCGCAAAUGACAUUCUUACUAGUCAUAAAAAACUUGAAGGUGGAAAGCCACUUAAUGCAGAGACACGAAAACCUAGUCAGGAAACUGCACUUCAUAAUUUCUCUAGCCUCGGGAUAAGCAUUGAGACGUUGUUAAAUCCUAAGAGUCAAUCUGUUUUGAGGCCAACUGAUUCUAGUGUUUUAGGUAAAACUAAGGCUGUUACUUCUGACAUUUCUGCAGCUGUGAAUUUGAAACUGAAAGAUUCAAUUGUUCCUCACUCAAGACAGUUUGCUGAGGCAUUUGAAAGAACUCCUGACAGUUCUCCAGGCAAUAAGAAGCACAGUGUGAAAGGAUUAAAUAUCCAUGCACAAACUUCUGUUUCUAAUGCUAGUGCUUCCUCUCGUCUUAUUAAUACAAAUGAACACAUGGGUGAUUAUCCUUCUAGCACCUCGCCACGAUCUACAGCUGAAAACACUCAUAAAUUAGCAUAUGAUUUAGCUAAAUAUAACACAGCUGUCACAACUCAGGGUAAUGUAACUGGACCGUAUAAGAAAAGAACCAAAUAUGCUGUAAGUAGUAAGGUGAAUGAUCAGUGGAAUCAUUACUUGGAUGUAAAUCUAGGUGGUACACUACUUGAAGGAAUGAAAGGUUUCCCCUUCCCUGUUAGUUCUAUGCCUACUCCUCCUCCAGCACAUUCAUCAUCACCUCUUCGUACAGUUGCUCAUUCUCAGCAUAAUUCACCAAGGCAAAGUUCUCACAUUUCUCCGGGAUUAAGAAGUCUCCAUGAAUCUAAAAGUGAUGUAUCUAACCAUAAUACACAGGCUCAUUCAAAUAUUAUAUCUGUAACAGAGGUACCGCGAAGGCAGUCUCUAAUACAAGGCCCAUGGAAGCCAAGUUCUCAAGCUCCAGCUACCUCCCUGAGCCCAUUCAUGGCAAACACAUCCCCACCUAUUUCAAACCAGUGUAAAUCUACCUCACCAAACCAUCAUAGCUCAAAUUCACAUGUAAACAUGUCACCAGUUCCAGCUCAUUCCAUGUCACAAAUUGAUAAGGUAUCAGCUGCCUAUAGCCGUAGUCACAGUCCCUUGCCUCUACGAGCAAGUCCAUCUCAUGUAACAGUUCUUGGUCAUGCAUCAAAAACAUCACCAUCAAGCACAUAUUCUCCACACAUUGGACAACCUCCAUAUACGACACACCAGUCCAGUCAUACUGUGUCAUCAACGCUUCACCAACAAGCUCUUGUGCGUAGUAAUGCUUUUGAUCCUUCAACCUCUACAGCUACAUCAAAUUCCUCAGCUGGAACAUUCACACCUAAUCAAGAAUUAAAAACUUCAAAUCCAAGAACUAACUGAUAAGUGCCAUCUGUGUAUGUAAUGUGCAGAGUAGCUGUUAGUAAUUUAUUUUCCUAGCUUUGUGAAUUUGACCAAGAUGUUCAAGCUUUGGUUCUAAGAAUGCAAGGGAACAACUGUGAAGUGUGUGAUUAGUGUUGUAUAUAAUAAGUUAUGUAUAAUGUGCAUCGAGUGGCAGUGGCAUUUCUGUGAUUGAUUUUCUCUAAGUAUGCAGCUUUCUAAAUUACUGCCCUUCAUGUAUGUGCAUAAAAAGUAGAUAAACUUGCAGUGAUAUUAUGUACAGUAUAAAAAAACCCCUUUUGUACAAUUGUCCUGGAGCAUAUUUUUGUCAAUAUGUAUGUAAUUUGUACAGUGUAAAUUCAGAAUUUUUUGCUUCCUAACUGUUUUUAGUAUGCUUCCAUUAAUAUGAAAUCCAGUCAUAAUUGGCCAUUGAGAUACUUUGUGUCAAAUAUCUAAUCAAACAAGUUACUUUUUUUGCGUUUAUGUUUACAAUUUCAUAACUUAAGUUCCAAGAAUAAUAUUCAGUUUCUGAUGUUAAAUAUUUCUCUUGUUAUGUUUUUUAGUUUUGUGUGCUUGUAAUAAUCAUUAAAAAGAUGUGUUUGAAAAUAUGUAAUAUGUUAUUCUGCUUUCACUCUCAAGCUAAUAAUUCUUCCCUUUUACAAAAAGGUGUCCAUGAAUUACUAUGCAAUAUUGUCAUAUGUUAUCGAGAUUUAUAUAUGAAAGCAGUGUAAUCGAAAUCAAUAAUGUGUGAGCUGAGAUGCAUUCCAUAAUGUCUUUCUUAACUGUUUAAUUUUCUUAAGAAUUAUUUUGGACCCUUUAAGUCUUUUAACUGAUAUUUUGGUAUUUUUUUGUUAUUGAAAUAAAAGAUCAAUUUUUCAAAGUUUUGAAAACAUUUAAAUGUACUUCCGUGGAAGAUAGUGAAUAUUAUAAUCAAAUUAUUCAAAACUGAUACAUUUAAAAACAACGUACUAUUUUUUACUGCUGCAUAUCAAUUGUAUUUAUUUCAUAUUUGUCAAAAAGCACUUUCAUUUGUGAAGGUGGUUGUUAUGCGAGUUUUGUGGGAAAAAUAUUUUAAUUACAAGUACUUGUUCAAAUGUAAAUGAAAUUGUUGGAAUAUAUUAUUUCAUUUGAAAUGUAACUACUGUAAAGCCAAAAAGUGUCGCUUUGAAGUACAAGUUCUUUUGCAUAGAAGUAAAAGCCUGUUUAAAAAUUUUAAGGCUUUAUAUGUGUAUAUAUAUAUAUGAAUUUGUAUAAGUAUUCCCGAUGAAAUAUUAUGUAUAAUUUGAAAUUAUAUGAAUAUAUUCUUUCCUUUGAAAUAUAAUUUUUUUAAACGAUAAAAGCAUGAAAGUAUGCUUAUAAAUUUAAAGACUUUACGUACAUGAAUUUGAAGAAGUGUGAGAUAUAGUUUACACAAUGAAAUGAGUUAUUUAUCAGUUGAAAAAUAUAAAUUAUUUGGAUUGCUAUGUCACGUAUCAAAUGAAAUUUUCAUGUUUAUGUGUUGAAAUAAAAAUUCAGUAUUUUAGAACUAAUUUAUUUUUAUUCUGCAAUUAACUGAUUGUAUUGUUAUUUUUAACAAAGUGAAGUCAUUUUGCAAUCUGAAAAUGCUAUCUAAUUAGUAUUUUAAUUUAAUUUGUCUAUUAACUCUUAGAAAAAUUAUGGCCAUGUUUUGCAUGUCAGUAGCAAAUAGAUGAUUUACCUGCCAUCAGAAAGUGUUGCCCGUCCUAGCAAACAUACUGAGAAUUAUCUGUCUAGUUAAUAUAUAGUCUAAAAGUUUGCGAUUAAAAUUUGAAUUUGUUUUUACUGUUA